UAGCGCGCCUUGCCCAGCGGUGUUUUCACCCUGCAGUGGCGGCGCUCCCAUAGGCCCUGGCCGCUGUGUCUAUGGUGCGUGUGGCUAGAGCGGCUCCUCCCGCGGAGCACUGUGGGGCGGCCAUGGCGGCGCUCGGGGAGCUGGGUUACGGUCGCUGAGGAAGCUGCGGGCGGUGCCGGCGGCGGGGCCCGGGCGGCGCUGCGGCCGCGAUGGCCGCGGCGAGCGAGGAGUCGCUGCACCGCCUGUCGGGGACGAGCCCGGGCGGCGAGGCGGGCGGGCUGGUGCUGCGGGCGCAGGGCGCCGAACAGCACAUCUUCAAGGCGCCGGCCCCGCGCACCUCCCUGCUGGGCCUGGACGUGCUGGCGGCGCAGAAGCGGCGGGAGCGCCAGGAGGAGGAGGCCGGGGGGAAGCGAUCCCGGGUCGCAUCCUACAAAGACUGGGAAGAGGGUCGUGACGAGGCGGGCAGCGCCGAGGAGGAGGACGAGGAAGAGGAUGAGGACGACCGGAGCAGCCGCAAAGGUCGCAGGAACAGGCAUUACCGCUCCGUCCACGUGGAGACACCUUCAUACACAGGGGGUGUCAGCGAGGAGUUCUGGGAACGCAGCCGGCAGCGGGAGAGGGAGCGUCGGGAACACGGAGUCUUUGCCUCCUCCAAGGAAGAGAAGGAACGGAAGAAGGAACGCAGUAGGGAGCGGGACCACGAUCGUAAACGGGACCGUGAGGAGCGGGACAGGAGUCGUCACAGCAGCAGCAGAUCGGAAAGGGAUGGCUCGUCAGAAAGGAGCAGCAGGAGGAGUGAACCUGAGAGCCCCCGACAUCGGCCCAAAGAUGCAGCCACACCAUCUCGCUCCAGCUGGGAGGAAGAUGAUAGUUGCUACAGCAGUACCCGUCGCUCACAGUGGGAAUCUCCCUCACCCACGCCUUCCUAUCGGGACUCGGAGCGCAGCCACCGGCCAUCAUCACUGCGGGACACGGACCGGCGGGAACGGGACAGGUCUGUGAGGAGCAGGUACUCAGACAAGACGCCAUUGCCCACCCCGUCGUACAAAUACAAUGAGUGGGCUGACGACAGGAAGCACCUUGGAGCCACGCCACGGCUGUCCCGAGGGAGAGGGCGGCGCACAGAUGGCGAGGAGGGCAUCGCCUUUGAGACGGAGGAGGAGCGGCAGCAGUGGGAGGAUGACCAGCGGCAAGCUGACCGGGACUGGUACAUGAUGGACGAGGGCUAUGAUGAGUUUCACAACCCCUUGGCCUACUCCUCUGAGGAGUACGUGAAGAAGCGUGAGCAGCACUUACACAAGCAGAGGCAGAAGCGGAUCUCAGCACAGCGGCGGCAGAUCAAUGAGGAUAACGAGCGCUGGGAGACGAAUCGCAUGCUGACCAGUGGUGUGGUCCAUCGGAUUGAAGUGGAUGAAGAUUUUGAAGAGGAUAACUCCGCUAAAGUUCAUUUGUUGGUGCACAACCUGGUGCCUCCUUUCCUGGAUGGAAGGAUUGUCUUCACCAAGCAGCCAGAGCCAGUCAUCCCUGUGAAGGAUGCCACCUCGGAUUUGGCCAUCAUAGCCCGGAAAGGCAGCCAGCUGGUGCGCAAGCACAGGGAGCAGAAGGAGCGUAAGAGGGCACAGCACAAGCACUGGGAGCUGGCAGGCACUAAACUGGGAGACAUUAUGGGGAUCAAGAAAGAGGAGGAGAAGGAUGAGAUGGUGACGGAAGACGGCAAAGUGGAUUACAAGACUGAGCAGAAGUUUGCUGAACACAUGAAAGAAAAAAGUGAAGCCAGCAGUGAGUUUGCCAAGAAGAAAUCAAUUCUGGAGCAGAGACAAUACCUGCCUAUCUUUGCUGUGCAGCAGGAACUGCUCUCCAUCCUCAGAGACAACAGCAUUGUGAUUGUGGUGGGGGAGACGGGGAGUGGGAAGACGACUCAACUGACGCAGUACCUGCACGAGGAUGGCUACACUGACUACGGCAUGAUCGGCUGCACCCAGCCCCGCAGAGUGGCCGCAAUGUCGGUGGCCAAGCGGGUCAGUGAGGAGAUGGGGGUCCGUCUGGGGGAGGAGGUGGGCUAUGCCAUCCGUUUUGAGGACUGCACGUCCGAGAACACAGUAAUCAAGUACAUGACAGAUGGGAUCCUCCUCCGUGAGUCACUGAGGGAGGCUGACCUGGACAACUACAGUGCUAUCAUCAUGGAUGAGGCUCAUGAGCGCUCACUCAACACUGAUGUGCUCUUCGGGCUGCUUCGGGAGGUGGUGGCCCGACGCUCAGAUCUGAAGCUUGUUGUCACCUCGGCCACCAUGGAUGCAGAUAAGUUUGCCUCCUUCUUUGGGAACGUUCCAAUUUUCCACAUUCCUGGGCGCACUUUCCCUGUGGAUAUUCUUUUCAGCAAGACCCCACAGGAGGAUUAUGUGGAGGCUGCAGUGAAACAAGCCCUGCAGGUCCACUUGUCUGGUGCUCCUGGAGACAUCCUCGUCUUCAUGCCUGGCCAGGAGGAUAUCGAGGUGACCUCAGAGCAAAUUGUGGAGCACCUUGAGGAGCUGGAGAAGGCACCUGCUCUUGCUGUCCUGCCAAUCUAUUCUCAGCUGCCCUCGGACUUGCAGGCCAAGAUCUUCCAGAAGGCUCCUGACGGGGUCAGGAAGUGCAUCGUUGCCACUAACAUUGCAGAGACCUCACUGACAGUGGAUGGCAUCAUGUUUGUGAUUGACUCUGGCUACUGCAAGUUGAAGGUUUUCAACCCCCGCAUAGGCAUGGAUGCGCUGCAGAUCUACCCCAUCAGUCAGGCCAAUGCCAAUCAGAGGGCAGGCCGAGCUGGCCGGACAGGCCCAGGCCACUGCUUCAGGCUCUACACCCAGAGUGCUUACAAGAAUGAGCUGCUGACAACCACGGUGCCUGAGAUCCAGCGCACCAACCUCGCCAACGUAGUGCUCUUGCUCAAGUCCCUGGGUGUGCAGGACCUGCUACAGUUCCACUUCAUGGAUCCGCCCCCUGAGGACAACAUGUUGAACUCCAUGUACCAGCUGUGGAUCCUGGGGGCCCUGGAUAACACAGGUGGUCUGACCUCAACGGGACGUCUCAUGGUGGAGUUUCCGCUGGACCCUGCGCUCUCCAAAAUGCUCAUAGUCUCCUGUGACAUGGGUUGCAGCUCUGAGAUCUUGCUUGUUGUCUCCAUGUUGUCUGUGCCUGCCAUCUUUUACCGUCCUAAGGGCCGAGAGGAGGAGAGUGACCAAGUGCGGGAGAAAUUUGCUGUUCCAGAGAGUGAUCACUUGACUUACCUGAAUGUUUACCUGCAGUGGAAAAACAACAGCUAUUCUACCCUGUGGUGCAAUCAGCACUUCAUCCAUGCCAAGGCCAUGCGAAAGGUGCGGGAGGUGCGUGCCCAGCUCAAGGACAUUAUGGUGCAGCAGCGGAUGAGCCUGGCAUCCUGUGGUACGGACUGGGAUGUUGUCAGGAAGUGCAUCUGUGCUGCAUAUUUCCAUCAGGCUGCAAAGCUGAAGGGCAUUGGGGAGUAUGUGAACAUCCGCACAGGCAUGCCCUGCCACCUGCACCCCACGAGCUCUCUGUUUGGCAUGGGCUACACACCAGACUACAUUGUGUAUCACGAAUUGGUUAUGACCACAAAGGAAUACAUGCAGUGUGUCACUGCCGUGGAUGGAGAGUGGCUGGCAGAGCUGGGCCCCAUGUUCUACAGUAUCAAACAUGCUGGCAAGUCACGCCAGGAGAAUCGCCGCCGUGCCAAGGAGGAAGUGUCUGCCAUGGAGGAGGAGAUGGCUUUGGCGGAGGAGCAGCUGCGUGCCCGCCGGGAGGAGCAGGAGCGUCGUAACCCACUGGGCAGUGCAAGAUCUACUAAAAUCUACACCCCUGGGCGGAAGGAGCAGGGGGAGCCCCUGACACCACGACGCACCCCAGCCCGCUUUGGCCUCUGAGAUGGCAGUACCUGUUGCUUUGAGACUUAAGGACUUACAGGAGCAGCUGAGUCUCAGGAGAGUCCCCAAUUCCCCUGAUCACUGUAUUCUAUGAGAUCUCUACAGCUUGUGGCCCAGGAAGGCUUUGGUGCUUGGCACUAAUUUUGCUACAGAACAGAAAGAAUUUUAUUUGUUUAAAGGUU